AUGGAAGUGAAACUAUGGAAUGACAAACGUGAGAGAGAAAUGUACGAAAAUUUUGCUGAACUUUAUGCGAUCAUCAAAGCCACAGAAAAACUCGAAAAAGCAUACGUUCGCGAUAUAAUCCCAUCAACCGAAUACGAACUCGAAUGCCAAAAACUCAUUGCACAUUUCAAAACACUUUCAUCAACACUAAAAGACACUGUACCCAAUAUCGAAAGAUUCCACAACACUUACAAAAUGGACUGCCCUGCUGCCAUGAACCGCCUCAUAACCUCCGGCGUCCCCGCCACGGUGGAGCACAGGGCGGCAACCACCGCCUCCGGUGGAACCUCGGCUGCUUUUGUGGCGGAAUGCGUGCAGAAUUUUAUCACUGCGAUGGAUUCUUUGAAGUUGAAUAUGGUGGCUGUUGGUCAAGUUUUUCCUUUGCUUUCUGAUUUGUUGGGGUCGUUGAACAAAUUGUCGAUUUUGCCCCCGGAUUUUGAAGGGAAGGUCAAGAUGAAGGAGUGGCUUGGGAGGUUGGCCAAAAUGGGGGCGGCUGAUGAGUUGACUGAGCAGCAGUCCAGGCAACUGCAUUUUGACUUGGAGUCUUCCUAUAAUUCUUGCAUGGCUGCAUUGCCUACUGAUGGGACAUGA